AUGCUGUGCAACUUCAGUGGUGCCGUGCUGACUAGAGUGCUCCCUCCGCUACUGGUCACCGAGUGCAUCCUGGGUCUGGUUGGAAAUGGUUUGGCUCUGUUCAUCUUUUGCUUCCAACUGAGGCCUUGGAAAAGCAGCACUGUGCUGCUCUUCAACCUGGCAGUGACUGACUUCAUGCUCAUCCUGGCUCUCCCCCUCCGCAUCAGCUAUUAUCUCUCAGGGAUCAGAUGGAGGUUCAGUGAAGCAGUCUGCAAAAUUAGCCUCUUCAUGCUGGCCAUGAAUCGCAGCGGGAGCACCUUCUUCUUGAUGGCUAUCGCCUUGGACAGGUACAUGCGUGUGGUGCAUCCUCACCAUCCCAUCAACUCUCUAAGUGUGGGUAAAGCUAUGGUGGGAGCGCUUGGGCUGUGGCUGGUCCCCAUCACAAUGACAGUCCAUGUCUUCUCGCUGCAACACAUCAACACCACCUACUGCGAAAGCUUCAUUGUGGACACGAAGACCAAAGGAAACCUGUCCUGGCAUAAGUUCACGUUUCUCUUCUCUUUCUACAUGCCUCUGCUAGUCAUUCUCUAUUGCACCUUCCACAUCAUCAGCCACCUGAGGAGGAGACAGCUGGCCCACCAGGCCAAGUUUAGAAAAGCUCUGUACUUCAUCGUGGUGGUGGUGGUGCUGUUCAUCCUCUGCUUCCUUCCAAGCAACAUUACUGUGCUUGCCAUGUGGAUCAAGAUGUCCCAAGGCUUUAAGUGUGCUGAUAUGGAGGAGCCAACCACAGUUUUCUACAUCACCAUCAGUUUGACAUAUAUUAACAGCGUGCUGGACCCCGUGGUCUACUAUUUCUCCAGCCCAGCUUUUAAGAACAUCUGUAGGAAAACUCUGCAUCUGCCCCAGACAGCAACCGGUGAGAGCACAGAAAGAAAAACACGUGAGAUGGGUUCAGAUCUGCAGAUUUAGGACUACAAUCCCAUGAGAAAGGAGUCAUGUAUCCCCAGUUA